AUGAUAGUCAGCUCGUGGUUCAAGUCAUGUUCAGCUGUAAGGCCUUUCUUGAAAGCAGAUGACGCGAUUCAGUCGUCGCAUCUUGAUGUAAUCUCGAAGGGAUUCGUCAGACUUCUUGUGCAAUCUGUACAAGUGGUUAGGGUUCUUCUUGAUCGUCCGGUGAGAGGUGUAUUCUUUGAUGAAGAGGUAAGACAACUCCUUGAAGCUGCUGAUUGA